AUGAUGGACGGCCUCCACACGGAGCUCGCGCUGGGGCUGCUCGCCGGGUGCGGCGGCCGCGGCGGAGGCGACCAGCUCUUCAAGACGGCGGCGUUCGUGGCCAAGACCUACCAGAUGGUGUGCGACCCGCGGACGGACGCGCUCGUGCGAUGGGGCAGGGACAACAACAGCUUCGUCGUCGUCGACCCCGCCGGCUUCUCGCGGCUGCUCCUCCCCUGCUUCUUCAAGCACAGCAACUUCUCCAGCUUCGUGCGCCAGCUCAACUCAUACGGGUUUCGGAAGGUGCACCCGGACCGGUGGGAGUUCGCGCACGACUCGUUCCUGCGCGGCCAGACGCACCUGCUGCCGCGCAUCGUGCGCCGCAAGAAGCGCGGCGAGCAGGGCGCCUGCUCCACCUCCUCCGGCGGCGAUGCGCAGGCGCAGUACGCGGCGGCGACCGGCUGCUGUAUCAGUAUGGGCGGCGAGGAUCAUCAUCAUCCGGAGGAGGGGGAUCCGGACGAGAACAAGGAGGCGCCGGCGCUGCUGGAGGAGGUGCAGCGGCUGCGGCAGGAGCAGACGGUCAUCGGGGAGGAGCUGGCGCAGAUGAGCCGGCGCCUGCAGGCCACGGAGCGGCAGCCCGACCAGCUCAUGUCGUUCCUCGCAAGGCUCGCCGAGGACCCCGACGGCGUCACGCGCAGCCUCGUCGAGCAGGCCGCCGAGAAGAAGCGCCGCCGCAUGCAGCUCGCCUCCCAGCCCGUCCGCCCGCUCCCGCCGGCGCCGCCAGUGCCAGUGCCAGUGCCAGUACUCCACCACCAACCGCUGCUGGCGGCGCUCGAAGGCGCCGCCGCCAAGGGCCUGAACGGCUGGCAAUGGGAAUGGGCGGCGGAGCAGAAGCCGUCGCCUGUUGUGCUCCCCACCUUCGACUUCGAUCCCCCCGCCGCCACCUACUGCGGGGCCGGGGUGCAGCAUGUGCCGAAUCGCGGUCUCGGAGGCGGCAACGGCGGCGUUGGCGGCGGCGGCAUCAUCGGCAUGGGCCUGACUGCUGCUGACGAGACCGCGGUAGAGACCACCCCCUUCCCGUUCUGCCUGCUCGGCCAGGGUUUCUUUUGA